CGCGGGCCCCCCGCCCCGCAGGUGCAGUGGGCUGGCACUUGGCUGGGAAACUGGAAAGAGCUGGUUCGAGUUUGCACUUUAGCUCCUGGCAGAAAGGGAGCCCUGCGAUCCGCGUUGGUCUUGGUGCGGAGCACGGCAGGAGGAUGGCUCGGUUGCUCUGGCCCCUGGUGAGAGUCCUGCUGCUGCUGGAGGUGGCAGCCACUGUGAACUUUCUCCACCACCGCUACGAGGAGAUGGUGCAGGCCCUGUUCAGCGUGCAGAACGAGUGUCCCUACGUCACCCGGAUUUACAGUAUCGGCCGCAGCGUUGAGGGGCGGCAUCUCUACGUGCUGGAGUUCAGCGACUACCCAGGGAUCCACGAGCCCUUGGAGCCGGAGUUCAAAUAUGUUGGGAACAUGCACGGGAACGAGGUGCUGGGCCGUGAGCUGCUGCUGCAGCUCUCCGAGUUCCUGUGCGAGGAGUAUCGCCGGGGCAACGAGCGGGUCACACGCCUCAUCCACGACACACGCAUCCACAUCAUGCCCUCCAUGAACCCCGAUGGCUAUGAAGUGGCUGCCAAGCAGGGCCCAGACAGCAUUGGGUACUUGACUGGGAGGAACAAUGCCAAUGGAGUGGACUUGAACCGCAACUUCCCUGACCUCAACACCUUCAUGUACUACAAUGGGGAAAUCAGCGGGCCAAACCACCACAUCCCUCUGCCAGACAACUGGAAAAGUCAGGUGGAGCCGGAGACACUGGCUGUGAUUCAGUGGAUCAGCAACUACAAUUUUGUGCUCUCGGCCAAUCUGCACGGUGGAGCUGUGGUGGCAAAUUACCCCUAUGAUAAGUCUCAGGACCAGCGGUUCCGGAGCCACCGGCGCACAGUUAACACACCUACCCCUGAUGACAAGCUGUUCCAGAAGCUGGCCAAAACCUACUCAUACGCCCAUGGCUGGAUGCACCGAGGCUGGAACUGCGGGGACUACUUUGCGGAUGGCAUCACGAAUGGGGCCUCCUGGUACUCGCUCAGCAAAGGCAUGCAGGACUUCAAUUACCUCUACACCAACUGCUUUGAAAUCACACUGGAGCUGAGCUGCAAUAAAUUCCCCCCUGAGGAGGACCUGGAGCGGCAGUGGAUGGCCAAUCGGGAGGCCCUUGUUGCUUUCAUUGAAGAGAUUCACCAGGGCAUCAAAGGGAUGGUGUCGGACGAGAACAACAACGGCAUUGCAGGAGCGGUGAUUUCUGUCCAGGGGAUCAGCCAUGAUGUCACCUCUGGUGACAUGGGAGACUAUUUCCGGCUGCUGCUGCCCGGCACUUACACUGUCACGGCCUCUGCAGAGGGGUAUCAGCCCCAAACAGUGACGACAACAGUGGGCCCAGCUGCACCUUCAUUGGUGCAUUUCCAGCUCAAACAAGACGUGGUGAGGAAGCCCCCAGAGCGUAAAACCUCAGGCACACGCACGAACAAUAAACCCCUUCAGAAGAAGGUAGUGCCAAGAGCCACCCACCGGGGGACCCAAAGAUGAAGACAGCUCCCUUGGCUGAGAGCUGAGGGAAGCUGUUUGUAUGAGGCCUGGCUGAUGACUCCAGCCAGUGAACUUUCCAACAGUCCAGCAUGAAACUAGCCCAAAUUAUUAGCCAAUUAAAUGAGGAAGUAUUUAAUCCCUGAGAAAACAGUGAAGUCAUUCACAAUAGAAUGUGCCUAGCCUGCAGUUCCCAGGGCACAGUGUCCGUAGCUGCUGAGCUGCUCUCCUGCACUCAGCCCAGCUAGGUCAGCUCUGCUCCUUUACUCUUGGACUCAACUCAGUUGCUACAGGCCACAUAAGGUGUUCAAAUACUGGUACAUAGCAGAGAGAAUGGAUCCUGGCCCUGGUCUUUGCCAGCUGGACUCAUAAGCCGGGCACACGAAUCCUGGCACUAGUACUUUGGGUGUGAGUCCCAUGCUUCUCCCUCAGGUAAGAAUGGGAGCUACCUGUAGACCCUGAAAAUACAGGAAGGCAAGUUGGUAGGUCACUUUUAAAGCAGUUUUGAUGUGACAGCUCUGAAAACAGACUGUGUUCUAUGCAUAGCACAGCUAUCACCGGUUAGCAACUCCACAGGUAAGAAUGCAGCACUGGGAUAUGGUGGUCCAAGGUCAUCUCCCGACUGGUGAUGCCACAUUUAUUUCGCUGUACAGAUGGGACUUUCUGGGAGCUGAUUUGGAUUAUUUGUAGUCAAACUGUCUGAACCGAUACACAUCCACAAAAGCAACGGAUUAUCCUAUUUGCUUAUGUCUUCAGAUCCAAACCAGAUGGCUUUCUGAAAGGUUUGCUCCAGCCAGCACAAGCAAUUAGUCUCAGCACAGGCGAUACUGGGUGAGGUCUAACAACCAGUGAUAAAUAGGCGUGCAAAACAUGUGAUCUGAGGGUUUUUUGAGACAAAGUCUCUGAACCUAGGGUUCUGUCCGUGUGAAACAGGGACAUAUGGAUGCAUGACUGUGAUGCUAGCAAUGUGCCGUGUCGGCACAGAGCAAGCCAUGUGAGCGGUUAUUGGGUUAGAGAAGACAUGCUCCAUGGUUCAAUGAGGUGAGGUACUGCAGGCUGGGCCUUAAAAUACUGCUUACAGAGUCUGAGCAGGUUUGGAGUUAAAGCAAGGGUGGUGAAAACAAUGCUGGAUAUUUCUAUCGUAAAAAUAUCUAAGCAGGCAAAGCCCUUCUGGCAUUCUUUAUAGAAAUAAAUAACUGCAGGGGGAAAAAGAGCCCCUCCCAU